AAGAAACAGGCGCGUUUUCUGACAUAAAUGGAAGUACGACUGUAGAAUACCGGGAAAGCGGCAGCAAUAAUAAAAACAUGGUGAAGGAUCAAGAAGUCGAACGUAUCGCGAAGAAACUAGACAAAAUGGUGCACAAGAAAAAUACGGAUGGCGCCAUAGAUUUACUACGAGAACUGAAGAACAUGAAAAUGUCCUUGGAGACUCUUCAGUCCACCAGGAUUGGUAUGUCUGUGAACGCUGUGCGCAAACAGAGCUCAGAUGAGGAAGUGCAGACUCUGGCCAAGUCACUUAUAAAGACCUGGAAGAAGCUGUUGGACGGAACCGAGAGCAGAUCAGAGGAGAAGAAGAAAGGCAGCUCCCCCCUUCAGUCUUCGUCCUCUAAAGACAGCCCUGGAUCUAGUGAGAGCACUAAGAAAUCAGAGCCCCCAAAGACCCCCACAACACCUACAACGCCCACCACCCCGAAAUUCACCUCCUUCCCCCCGGCGCCCGUUACCACGGACAGCGUACGCACCAAGUGCAGGGAGCUGCUGGUCGCUGCCCUGCAGACAGACGAUGAUUAUAAAACGAUCGGAGCAGACUGCGAGCACCUGGCAGCCCAGAUUGAGGAUUGCAUUUAUCAGGAGUUUAAGUCCACUGACAUGAAGUACAAGACCAGACUGAGGAGCAGAAUCUCCAACCUGAAGGACCAGAAGAACCCAGACCUACGACGCAACGUCCUGUGCGGAAACAUCGCCCCCGAUCGCAUUGCCACCAUGACCGCUGAGGAGAUGGCCAGUGCAGAGCUGAAGGAGAUCAGAAAGGCUUUGACUAAAGAGUCCAUCCGCGAACACCAGCUCUCUAAAGUGGGUGGCACAGAAACAGACAUGUUUGUCUGUGGGAAGUGUAAAGGCAAGAACUGCACCUAUACACAGGUUCAGACACGCAGCGCAGAUGAACCCAUGACCACCUUUGUGUUGUGUAACGAGUGUGGAAACAGGUGGAAGUUCUGCUGAACACACAGAGAAGCGUGAUUCUUCACAAGAAGAACCCCUAUGAAUUGCAUUGUGUAAAGCAGUGCUUUUGUCAAAAAACUACAGAUCUUUUUUUAUUUGUUUUUUUUUGUUUUGUUUUUUUUUUAAUUUUAUACAUAAGCCUUUUCAUAAGCUGUAAUAUAUUACGUGCAUGUUCCAAUCUAAAA